CUCUUUCCCUGGGCUCCACAGGCCCUGGAAAGGGAGACUGGUUCUAGCAGGAUCAGCUCCACCACCUCCUCAGUGCCCGGAGCCUGCUGGAAAGAGAUUGCCCUCUCACUUCUGGAGAAGAUGCAGACCCAGGAGAUCCUGAGGAUCCUGCGGCUGCCUGAGCUAUCAGACUUGGGCCAGUUUUUCCGCAGCCUCUCAGCUACCACCCUCGUGAGUAUGGGUGCAUUGGCUGCCAUCCUUGCCUACUGGCUCACCCACCGGCCAAAGGCCUUGCAACCACCAUGCAACCUCCUGAAGCAGUCGGAAGAAGUGGAGGACAGUGGUGGAGCCCGGCGAUCUGUGAUUGGGGGUUGUACACAGUUGCUUACCCACUAUUAUGACGAUGCCCGGACCAUGUACCAGGUGUUCUGCCGUGGGCUUAGCAUCUCAGGAAACGGACCCUGUCUUGGCUUCCGGAAGCCAGAACAACCUUACCAGUGGCUGUCCUACCAAGAGGUGGCCAAAAGGGCUGAAUUUCUGGGCUCGGGACUUCUCCAGCAUGACUGUAAAGUGGGCACAGAGCAGUUCAUUGGUGUUUUUGCACAAAAUCGGCCAGAGUGGAUCAUUGCUGAGCUGGCCUGCUACACGUAUUCUAUGGUGGUGGUACCACUCUAUGACACCCUGGGCCCAGGGUCUAUCAGCUACAUCAUCAAUACAGCGGACAUCUGCAUCGUAAUCGUGGAUAAACCCCACAAGGCUAUACUUCUGCUGGAGCACGUGGAGAGGAAGGAGACGCCGGGCCUCAAGCUGGUCAUCCUCAUGGAGCCAUUUGAGGAUUCCCUGAAAGAGAGAGGAAAGAAGUGCGGGGUGGAAAUCAAGUCCAUGCAGGCUAUAGAGGACUGUGGCCAAGAGAAUCAUCAUGCCCCCGUGCCUCCACGGCCCGAUGACCUCUCCAUCGUGUGUUUCACAAGUGGUACAACAGGGAACCCCAAAGGUGCGAUGCUCACCCAUGGGAACGUGGUGGCCGAUUUCUCAGGCUUUCUGAAAGUGACAGAGAAAGUGAUCUUUCCGAGACAGGACGAUGUGCUCAUCUCCUUCCUGCCUCUGGCUCACAUGUUUGAGAGAGUGAUCCAGUCUGUUGUCUACUGCCAUGGAGGGCGUGUGGGCUUCUUCCAGGGAGACAUCCGCCUCCUCUCUGAUGACAUGAAGGCUCUCCGCCCCACCAUCUUCCCUGUGGUCCCACGGCUGCUGAAUCGGAUGUAUGACAAGAUCUUCCACCAGGCAGACACCUCACUAAAGCGCUGGCUCCUGGAGUUUGCAGCAAAGCGCAAGCAGGCUGAGGUCCGGAGCGGAAUUAUCAGAAACAAUAGUAUCUGGGAUGAACUCUUCUUUAAUAAGAUUCAGGCCAGUCUUGGUGGGCAUGUGAGGAUGAUUGUCACUGGAGCAGCCCCCGCAUCACCAACAGUCCUGGGAUUCCUACGAGCAGCUCUGGGGUGCCAGGUCUAUGAAGGUUAUGGGCAAACUGAAUGCACAGCUGGGUGUACCUUCACAACGCCAGGGGACUGGACAUCAGGGCACGUAGGGGCACCUCUGCCCUGCAACCACAUCAAGCUGGUCGAUGCAGAGGAACUCAACUACUGGACCUGCAAAGGAGAAGGAGAGAUAUGUGUGAAAGGACCAAACGUCUUCAAAGGCUACUUAAAAGAUGAAGACAGGACGAAGGAGGCCCUGGACAGCGACGGCUGGCUUCACACUGGAGACAUUGGGAAAUGGCUGCCGGAGGGAACGCUUAAAAUCAUCGAUCGGAAAAAGCACAUAUUUAAACUUGCUCAGGGGGAAUACGUUGCGCCAGAGAAGAUUGAGAACAUCUACAUCCGGAGUGAACCUGUGGCGCAAAUCUAUGUCCACGGGGACAGCUUAAAGGCCUUUCUGGUUGGCAUUGUCGUGCCUGACCCUGAAGUCAUGCCUUCCUGGGCUCAGAAGAAAGGAAUCGAAGGGACCUAUCAGGAACUCUGCACAAAUAAGGAAUUGAAGAAAGCCAUUCUGGAUGACAUGGUGAUGUUGGGGAAAGAGAGUGGACUGCAUUCUUUUGAACAGGUUAAAGCCAUUUAUAUCCAUAAUGACAUGUUCUCAGUUCAAAAUGGCCUGCUGACACCUACACUGAAGGCUAAGAGACCCGAGCUGAGAGAGUACUUCAAGCUGCAAAUAGAAGAGCUCUACUCAGUGUCCAUGUGAAGUUCAAGGAUGUCUUUCUCAGUCCAACGAACUUUGCAGCAAUAUUAUAGUUGUUCUUGAGAGAAAGGAGUCAGAAUGCCACAGCUCAAAGUGAACAAGCACCUGAUUUUUGCAACUGAGCCUUUCCUGACCCGAGAAGUCUCUAACAAUAUUUUCUCUACCAUCACCGAGUACACUUUAUUUUUAUUAAAUGAUAUUGUAGCAAGCUGCUAAAAAAUUAUCGCAAAUGGUAAUGUAAAAAAAAACAAAUCAAGACACUUUCUCAAGAACUGUGUACCACUAAAAGUAAUAUAUUCUCAAUGUUCACAGAAUUCCAUUAAACAUAAAGAAAAAACAUAACUGAUAUAUUGUACUUAAUUAUUCGUGGAAUAAUAACCAGAUAUAGUGAAAGUCUAGGCAAUGUGGUCUACCUCAUUAAAUAACUGUCAACAAUCACAGUUAGAUCAGACCUAAAACUUAAAGCAAGGUGUAGGAAGUCACAUCAAAACAAAGCAUGAUCGUUCCCAUGUGGCCUGACUCCCAUCCUCUGAUGGGAGCACCUUUGCCGAUGCAAAAGCCUCCUCACUGACUUUUACUUUUUUUUUUUUUUUCAUGAAAAGCGGAAACACAGCUGUUCUUAAAGCAAAUAUCAUAUCUAUUUAACAGCUCCCAUAGGUCUUUCAGUAAUUUUCUCAUUUAUCAAGCUCACUGAAAUAUUCGGAAUCUAUGUAAGUAUGGGUAGGGGUUACGUUCAUUACUUCUUACCAUAAGGAAGCUAAAAAGAUGUUUGUUGACUGUUAGCAGAUGGACUCUUGGCAAACAUUUAGGGGAAGGUUCUCAGUGAUUUCUCAGGGCGGGCAACAAUUCAUGUUCCUAUGUUUCUGCUGGAGUCUUUUCCUUUUCUAUUCUCAAUAUGUCUGUGCCAGGUCUGGGAAAUGCGAUAUGGCUGAAAUUGUGAACCACCUCGAUUUCUUUUCAUGUGAUAUCAAAGCAAAUGCGAGGAGGAACAGCUGCUAUUUCCAAAUAAAAUAACUCUUCAAUGACAUGGUACAAAGCACUUCUUCAAAAUUUCCCUAGAAAACUAUGGAAGCCCAACAUAGAGGAAUCCCUGCUAAUGGCAUAACUCCAUUCCUAGACUCUCCAGAUGCUCCUAUCAACCAUAAAACCUUAAUUGUAUCAUAUGUUUAAAUGCACCCUAAAUCUGGGUACCAAGAUUCUGAUGUCACCAAAAAGCCUCUGUACCAUGGACAGUGCAGUUCAAGUCAGCACUAUCAGUUGUGCACCCGAGGAGGGCAAGGUCCCUAGGGAAGUGCUUCUCUUCUGUGGAACAGGACUCUGAAAGUAUACAGAGAACUCAUGCAGGUCACGUGAUCUUCCCAAAUGUAUCUAUGAUUGGUGUGGCAGGACAAGAACUCCUUAGCUCUGAGGGAAAUCCAACUUACUUGUAAGUGAAUGUUCUCAGUCGGAAUCUGAAUCAUCACACAGGCCUGUUAGAUGGUCCCAACAGGCAUGCGAGUGAAUGUUCUCAGUCGGAACCUGCGUCCUCCAUCACACAGGCCUGUUGGAUGAUCUGCAUCAUUGAUCAUACACCUGUUCCAGUCAUGUUACGUCAUGACCUUAGCUUCAACUGAUGUAGUUAGUCAGGUACUUUAGUUUUUUAUACAUUCCUCGGACAUCAUCUCUCUGAAAACUCACUGUUGUACCUAUUGAUUUGACAUUGACUAAAUGAGCAAUUUCGUACACAUUAAUUUCUUUCACAGCAUGGAGAAGCAAAACCAGGGCCUUAUACAUGAUAGGCAAGUACUGUUCUGCCAAGCUCCACUCUCAGCCCUGUUUGCAUUAAAUCUGAAUUUAAUUCAUUCCUGGUGAGACAAAUAACACAUAGAAAGCCACAUCUGAAAAGCACUGGCUUUUAAAAUAUUUAAUGUAUGUUCAAUGAAUUAAAAUUGAACGUCAUUACCUGAAUUAGAUAUCUAUAUUAUUUUAAGGGCAAGGAGUUUUGCAUUUCAAAUUUUAAAAUCUGUUUUCCACUGUCCUUCUACUUGACUAAAACCCCAUAGUUGACUUUGAUUCCAACAGUGUUUUGAGCAGUGCAGUUUUAGGCAAAAGAUUUUAAAAACUACCCUCAUUCCAUCUGUGUCUCACUGUAGUUAGGUGUGAUUAAUUAUAGACAAGCUUUGUUUAUUGUUUGUUUUUUUGAAAGAUUUUAUGUUUCUGUUGAACUUCACAAUCUGUGUGGAAACCAUCGCACUUAAUGGGAGGAUACGAAUGUGCUCAGAAAGUUAACAGUGGGCCUUAAAUGCAUCCCAUGCCCUCUUCCUCCUCUGCAGAGUACUACCUAUUACAAGAAAGAAAUGAAAAGGCAUGAAUCAGUGGAAAAAUCCCUCUUGCUUCAGACUUCCCGAUUUUAUCUCAGGGGAUGAAAAAUAAGUUUGUGUUUCUCUUUAACCGAUAUAGGGAAAAGGCUAAAUGCUUAAGACUUGUCAUGAUCCCGAUGGCCACCAUUUAAAGUCUAGAGACCACGGAGACUUGGUUCCUUUAUCAUAAAUACGUUCUUAAAUGUUUGGCACUUUUAUCUAUUUGUUACUAAAAUGUAUUGCUAAUUCUCACAUUAUUUUUUCUUUGGACAAACUAACCCUGCUAGAGUAAGCUAUAAAACAGACAUAUAUAUCUCCCCAAUUUGCCACAAAAGAUGUCUUUCUACAUAGUAUUGAGACUUCCCCUCCAGAAGGCAGAGAUUGGCCAGGUGUGGCAUAGAAGCCUAGCUCCAUGUACUAGGAUCUCAAACUCAGAGGUCCAAGGAGUAGCCAUACCCUGCCUUCCUCACAAGUCUAAGGGGAAAAAAAUCUCUACUGGGAGUUUUACAGUCAUUUAGCCAUUUAAAAUCAGCACUUAAAGUUAGAUUGCAUUUCCCUUGAACCAAUGAUUAUUAAUUUUUCUGCCAUAAUAAAUAAGUUGUUCUUUAUUUUUCACAUGUAUUAAGCACAAGCCUGAUGCAGUUAUUUAAAAUACAAAAUACUAGAAAACCAAUGUAAAGAAUGAGAAAUUAUAUUUUUUGCAUGAAAAUAGACUGCUUACAAAUUUUCUUAAUAUCUCAGGACUAAAGAAUGAACGUUGUAUGUAAAAUUGGUAAAUUAUAAGUAGGUUGUAUUUUCUUGACAGUUUUUAUUUUAAGAAAACCCUACAAUGGGGGAGGGGGUCCUGAUAGUCUUAGGUUCUCUCUUAAGUAUGCUAGAUAAUCCUGCCUGUGAAUCCACAAAUCCUCCCAUGAGAAUGAGACCAGCAUCCAUAUGAGGACCAGUCCCCAGACGAGACCCUCUUCACUGAGAACACAUCAGUGGUUGUACUGCAGUACAAGCGUUUCUAAACCUAGUUCCAAACAUAGAGGGUUUUCACGAGGUAACAAUGCCACAGAAGCACUCACCUCUCUGCUCAUUUUACGUUUCUUUGUUAAAUCAUUGCAAUGAUUGCAUGGGAAAGGGGAAAUGGCUAUUUUUUUGAAGAAUUGCUUAUUCUACUUUCAAUUUUUGAAAAUCAAGGAAUUAAAAUAUUACUUUUUAAAUUUGCAUAGAUGUAUCUUAACUGUAAUUAUAUUUUCAUUUGCUUUGUUAUAACAGCAUGAACAGCAAAUACAAAAAUGCACUUACAGAAACUUUUGUAAAAAAAAAAAAUAAAGAUUUUUUUUUUUACU